AUGAUAAGUACAGCUCCUCCCCGUUCCCCUGUUAAUUCCUUUUGGUUUGCAAUUUCUUCACUCAUUAUUCUUUGUCCAUACAAAGAGGCAAAUGAUAUCUACGCUAUGGAAAGGUUGACUUCUGGUUUGGAACUUGGUCUAAAGCUCGAUGGAGCAGAAGAGAUCAGGGCGGAGCUUAAGAGAUUGAAGAGGAUGAAGGAACGGAAAAAAUGGCUGCUCAUUUUCUACCUGUGGUUGUUGAACAACAUUAGUGUUAACUGUUCAACUGGGAAAAUGAGAGGUGCAUAUGAUUUUUUAAUCGUAUAUUGCUAUGCCUAA